UCCUUUCCGUCUGGCGGCGGCCAUCAGGUAGGCUGCGUUGAGGAUCUUUGCUCUUCCAUCCGCCUUUGAUCGUCUUCCUCUUCAGCCAUCCAGGCCCGGGGAAGCUGCGUCCUCCGAGAUAGGUCUCCCUCCUGUGCGGCCAGAGUUUGGUAAGCCAAGAUGGGUGCAUACAAGUACAUCCAGGAGCUAUGGAGAAAGAAGCAGUCUGAUGUCAUGCGCUUUCUUCUGAGGGUCCGCUGCUGGCAGUACCGCCAGCUCUCUGCUCUCCACAGGGCUCCCCGCCCCACCCGGCCUGAUAAAGCGCGCCGACUGGGCUACAAGGCCAAGCAAGGUUACGUUAUAUAUAGGAUUCGUGUUCGCCGUGGUGGCCGAAAACGCCCAGUUCCUAAGGGUGCAACUUACGGCAAGCCUGUCCAUCAUGGUGUUAACCAGCUAAAGUUUGCUCGAAGCCUUCAGUCCGUUGCAGAGGAGCGAGCUGGACGCCACUGUGGGGCUCUGAGAGUCCUGAAUUCUUACUGGGUUGGUGAAGAUUCCACAUACAAAUUUUUUGAGGUUAUCCUCAUUGAUCCAUUCCAUAAAGCUAUCAGAAGAAAUCCUGACACCCAGUGGAUCACCAAACCAGUCCACAAGCACAGGGAGAUGCGUGGGCUGACAUCUGCAGGCCGAAAGAGCCGUGGCCUUGGAAAGGGCCAUAAGUUCCACCACACCAUUGGUGGCUCUCGCCGGGCUGCUUGGAGAAGGCGCAAUACUCUCCAGCUCCACCGUUACCGCUAAUAUAAGUAAAGUUUGUAAAAUUCAUACUUAAUAAACAAUUUAGGACAGUCAUGUCUGCUUACAGGUGUUAUUUGUCUGUUAAAACUAGUCUGCAGAUGUUUCUUGAAUGCUUUGUCAAAUUAAGAAAGUUAAAGUGCAAUAAUGUUUGAAAACAAUAAGUGGUGGUGUAUCUUGUUUCUAAUAAGAUAAACUUUUUUGUCUUUGCUUUAUCUUAUUAGAGAGUUGUAUGUCAGUGUAUAAAACAUACUGUGUGGUAUAACAGGCUUAAUAAAUUCUUUAAAAGAAGAGAACUGAAACUAGCCCUGUAGAUUUUUCUGGUGCAUGUGAUGAAACCUGCAGCUUUAUCGGGGUGCUGGCAAUGCUCUGCUGGUUUAUUUUCAAGUGGCUGCGUUUUUUUAGUUUGGCAGGUGUAGACUUUUAAAUUGGGCUUUAGAAAAUUUGGGUUAGCCUGGAGAAAAUUGCCUCAGCCUCCACAGUACCAUUUUAAAUUCACAUAAAAGGUGAAAGCUCCUGGUUCAGUGCCAUGGCUUCAUGGCAUUCAUUGAUUAGUGGUAAUGGUAAACACUGGUGUGUUUUGAAGUUGAAUGUGAGAUAAAGUUAUUAAGAUUGGUAAGCUAGCAAUGAAUGCUAGGGUGGGAAGCUGGUGAGGCAGUGGCCAUUAGAUAAAUACCUUUCAAGUGUGAGCUUAGAUGUCAACCCUAAAAUACUUACCCGUAACGCUAAUUGUGAUCAUUAUGAAUCCCUUCAGUCACAUUAGGGGGAAAGUAGUUGGCUAUAAGUACCUCAUUCUUAGUCCAGUCAGUCUUAAAAACAUCUUGGGUUACCCACUCUGUCCACUCCCAUAGGCUACAGAAAAAGUCACAAGCACAUGGUUUCCAACCGUAUGUGUUUUCUGCGGUUAUUUCUCUUGUUCCUGGCCAAACAACCCUAAAAAUCCUUACCAUUCCACAAAGUUGGACCAUCACUUGUGCACCCACUUUGUGAGUAUACCACCACAUUGCAUUUCUGUUUGCAUCAUGUCUUCCAGGAGACUAGACUACUGUUUUCCAGGGUGAAUUUGAGUGUAAAGAAAAUGUAGACAAGGAAUUGCCCAAUUUUAAAUUCUGACUUUGCUGACUUAAUGUAAAUGCUCGUUCUGAACCAAUUUUCUCCUGUCUUCUCUAGGGGUUUCAAAAGGCUCAGUUAAUUGAUUGCCAGGAAGUACUCAUAGCAAGUUCAUAAAAGUUCUUGAGACCUAACUGUCUUCACAAAAAAAGAUCUUAAGUCAUACAUUUUAAUUGUGUAGAGGUUGUUCAACUAAAGGAAUAAAUGUCUAUUAAACUAAAACAAA